GUCACUUCCGGCUGACGCGACGCGUCGGGCGACGUCACGUCCUGCCGCUACCGGUAGGGACCGUGAGUGGCGGCAGGCCGGCUCUCCGGCGCUCCCCUCCCCUCCUCCCUCCCUCCCUGUCCCUCCCUUGGCGGCCGCGAGUCGCGGGGACUCUGGAGCCGGCCUCCUUCGGCGUGAGUGCGGGGGCCUCAAGCAGCCUGAGGCGCCGCGGCAGAGAAGGAGGACGACCGCGACCCUCGGUCCCCGCUCCGCGUCACCGCGCUCGCCGCCGCCAUGGCCAUGAGGCAGACGCCGCUCACUUGCUCGGGCCACACGCGGCCCGUGGUGGAUUUGGCCUUCAGCGGCAUCACGCCUUACGGCUACUUUCUGAUCAGCGCUUGCAAAGAUGGCAAGCCCAUGCUCCGCCAGGGAGAUACAGGAGACUGGAUUGGAACAUUUUUGGGUCAUAAAGGUGCUGUUUGGGGUGCAACAUUGAAUAAGGAUGCCACCAAAGCUGCGACAGCAGCUGCAGACUUCACAGCCAAAGUAUGGGAUGCGGUCUCAGGAGAUGAAUUGAUGACCCUGGCUCAUAAGCACAUUGUCAAGACUGUGGAUUUCACACAGGAUAGCAAUUACCUGCUAACUGGGGGACAGGAUAAACUGCUGCGCAUAUAUGACUUGAACAAACCUGAAGCAGAACCUAAGGAAAUCAGUGGCCACACUUCUGGUAUUAAAAAGGCUCUGUGGUGCAGUGACGAUAAACAGAUCCUUUCAGCGGAUGAUAAAACUGUUCGGCUCUGGGAUCAUGCCACAAUGACAGAAGUGAAAUCUCUGAAUUUUAAUAUGUCUGUUAGCAGCAUGGAGUAUAUUCCUGAAGGAGAGAUUUUGGUUAUUACUUAUGGACGAUCUAUUGCUUUUCAUAGUGCAGUAAGUCUGGAGCCAAUUAAAUCCUUUGAAGCUCCUGCGACCAUCAAUUCUGCGUCUCUUCAUCCAGAGAAGGAGUUUCUUGUUGCGGGUGGAGAAGACUUUAAACUGUACAAGUAUGAUUAUAACAGUGGAGAAGAGUUAGAAUCCUACAAAGGUCACUUUGGUCCCAUUCACUGUGUGAGAUUCAGUCCUGAUGGGGAACUCUAUGCCAGCGGUUCUGAAGAUGGGACAUUGAGAUUGUGGCAAACUGUGGUAGGAAAGACCUAUGGCCUGUGGAAAUGCGUGCUUCCUGAGGAAGACAGCGGGGAACUGGCAAAGCCAAAGAUCGGAUUUCCAGAAACAGCAGAGGAAGAGCUGGAAGAAAUUGCUUCAGAGAAUUCAGAUUCCAUCUAUUCAUCAACUCCUGAAGUUAAGGCCUGAGCAUCAGACGUGUGCUGCCGAAACCAUAUGUUCAUGGACUAAACAAGCAGAGACAAGCAUCCGCCUUCAGAGUUACUGUCUGCCUGAGGCAAAGAGGGCAGAAAAUAUUGGGGCAUAUGAGUUAGCUCCAGUGCACGAACAGCUACUCAGUGUUGCCCGUGAGUGAAAAUGGCUGAGUGUCUGAGGUGCAGGCAGGAGGAUUGUGCUCACAUAGUGCCAUAGCCUGCUGUUUGGAAUGAAAAGCCAACUUACAAUCUCCAUUUUACACCUAAAUUUCUUUUAGCUGUUUAUGUUAUGAAGAAGAAAAAUAUAUUGGCCUAUUUUUCUGACUUUCCCUUAAAGAAGAAUGCCUUUUUGUCCUUGCCUAGUGAUGAAGAGGAGGAAAUACAUGAUAAAGUAACCGGUUUGAUCUCUUUCAUUGUACAAGGACUGCUUCAGAACAGCUCAUAUUUUUAGUUAUCUAAAUAAAAUGCCUCUAAAAUAAUAAUUUUUCUCUUUUUUUGGAAAUUCUGAUACAUUUGAAUACUAAAACUAACUAUUCAAAGUUUUCUAUAUCAUACACAGCCAGCCAGAGCAAAGACAGUUUGGUUAUAGAGUCUGAACUAAACAUUUCCUAAAUUUGAAAUUGAAUUAUUUAAACUUGAAAUUUUCAUAUCUUUUGUUGUGUGUUCAUUUAUUUCCUUCUGGAUGGAUACAAUUGCUUCUCUUGUCUCUUUAAACAUGCAUGUUAGUUACUAAAACAGAAAAACACUUAGGAAGAGCAAGUAAACAAGUUGAAAUCUCAGUUCUGAAAAUAUUCUGAAAAACUGCUGUACGUAGUCUAACAUCUGCUCGGUUGUACAAAUAACCACAUGAUUUAAUGAAACUGGGUUAAUCAUUAAUUUUCAGUAUUUAUGAUAUACCAAACUUUCUCAUAUUUAAACUUGGGUCAUUCAAAAAGUCAACCUUUAAUAAAUUGGAUAAUAAAUUUGUAGUUUAUUUACUUAUUUUACAAUGUGAAGAGAUUAAGUUAGUAAUUUGGAAAUACAGAUGAACAGCUUGUAUUAAUUUGCUUUCUGGUAAUUUAUCUUCUGAGUGGCCUUUAGUACUUUGAUCAGAAAAGUCUCGACUAGUUUGUGACUAGAAGUUGGCGGCACUACAGGCGGUUCCUGGGAGAGCCAGGGAAGCCCGUCACAGGCAUUGAUGAGCCUCAGGCAGUGGUGUUCCCCUGUCCAUGUUUAACAUGCUUGGUUUUCUGCUCUGUAGCAGUAUUGUUCAUGUAUCAAGAUUAGACUGAGAGUCUGACCCUAAAUAAAAUUGAGUGCAUCUUUUGUAAUGG